UCCAGUUCACACAAAUCCUCUAUAGCUACAAUGGCUUCGCCAACCAGAGCUCCUCUCUUCUCUAGUCUUCUCAUUGCAUUUUUCAUCAUGAGCAGCUUCACAGGCGAAGCUGCACGCCUUCUACUCGAACUUUCAAUACCUGAAAUUCCAACUCUUCCUAAGCCCGAAUUACCGCCUUUACCGGAACUUCAGAAGCCUGAAUUGCCUCCUAUGCCUGAGAUUCCAACUCUCCCAAAGCCUGUACUACCUCCUCUACCAGAGUUACCUAAAGUUGAAUUGCCACACUUACCCAAGAUACCUACCAUCACCAAAGCUGAGGAAGCACCACUUCCCGAGAUACCAACACCAAAACCUGAGCUUCCUGAAGUACCACCUUUGCCUGAAAUUCCGAUACCUGAGUUACCUCCACUUCCCGAGAUUCCAAUAUUACCAAAACCCGAAUUGCCUCCUCUUCCAGAGUUUCCCAACGUUGAGUUACCCCCCUUGCCAGAGGUACAAACGCUUACUAAAACUGAAAAAACAUCAACCAUGGAUGUAUCGACAAUACCGAAACCUGAGGUGCCCCCGCUUCCUGAGGUUCCAACCCUUCCAAAACCUAAAUUACCCCCACUUCCUGAGAUUCCAACCCUUCCAAAACGUGAACUACCUCCUCUACCAGAGUUACCUAAGGUUGAACUACCGCCUUUACAUAAGGUACCAACUAUCACUAAAACUGAAGUAGCACCAAUCUUGGAUGUACCAACUAUACCAAAACCUGAGAUACCAACACUCCCAAAGCCUGAAUUACCACCUUUGCCUGAACUUCCGAAACUUGAGUUUCCCCAGCCUCCUGAGAUUCCAACCCUUCCAAAACCUGAAGUACCUCAACUACCAGAAUUGCCGAAGCUUGAAUUGCCACCUUUACCGAAGGUACCAACCAUCACAAAGACCGAGAAAGCACCAAUCUUGGAUGCACCAACAGUAUUGAAACCUGAGAUUCCAAUAAUCCAUAAGCCUGACUUACCACCACUACCCGAGCUUCCAAAACCUGAACUACCACUUCCUGAGAUUCCAACUCUUCCAAAACCUGAACUUCCACCACUUCCAGAACUACCAAGGUUUGAGGUGCCACACUUACCUUAAAUACCAAAGCCUUGAGCUUCCCUCACCAAAGCAUUGAGUUUCCUUCUCCCCGCCAACAUUCCUAUGAUUCCAAACAUGUUAUCGAAGUCCUCAACUUUCAUCAUCACUAAGACCUUGGAAGCAAAUUAUGAAGAUUCUAGGAGUAUGAUUUGAAGUUUUCCAGAUUACGGUUCUCUUGUUUAUUGUUGUUUGUAACUUUUCCCUUUUACUUGUCAUGUAUCAAAUAUGUUGAUGUCAUCUAAUUGUGAGUUCAUAUAUAUGGCUCUGUAAUUCAUUUUGCAUGUCAGUUCUUGUUUGGAGUUUGGAA